AUGGACAGAAAGGUGUGCAUCUCACUCGCAAUCCUCGCGCUUGUGCUCGCUGGCCCGGGCACGACGCGGGCUGCGGCGGCGUUCGCCGGCGGCACCGCCAGCAUCGACGUGGCUGCGGUGGCGCGGCAGCUGAUGCCAACGCCGUUGUCGUGGUCGUCGAUGAGGCUGGAGGACGGCGUGGCGGUGGACCUGGAGCACGAGGUGCACCGCCGCGUCCUCGCCGGCCAAGGAAACCUCGGCUAUGGAGCCCUGGACAGCAAAGGGCCAGCCUGCCACGGUCAGUGCGGGGCUCACGGACAGCCGUACACCGACCAUGGAUGCAAAAGCGUUUUCCUCUGCCGCAACAAGAAUAUCUGA